AGACAGGGGAAGGCCACAAAACAAAACAAAACAAAACAAAAGCCAUAACAUAACAUGGAGAGUUGUUGUAGUCUCCUGGGAGCUCUGAAAAGCUCAACUACUGCUCUCAAUCUCAAACCCUCCAAACUCUCAAACUACUGUCAUCAACUACCAUUGUCUCUACUACUUCCACCACAUAAACCCUCUCUCAACUUCGCUUUCUUCACCAAUGUUACUACUACAACUAGUUCUCGCUUUCCUCCUUUUGUUUUAUUUUCAACACCAGAGAGCCAGUUGAGUGUUGGGGUCGAUGCCGAUGCAAGAGAAUGGGCAAUGCAAGACCUUUGGCGCAUGGAGUUACCCCAAAAGCCAAGGCUUUAUUUUUAUUCCCUGAGGAGGGAUGUAGAGAUUACCUCAGCACGUGUUGAAGAUAUUAGAGCCUCUUCUGGUCUGCAGCAAUUACAAAAAGAACUUGCGGCUUUGGAGUUCAAAGCAGCUGAUAGCUCUCUUUGGGAUGAUCGAGACAAAGCUCAAGAAACCCUUUCUGCCCUAACUGAUGUCAAAGAUAAGAUAAAAUUGCUUACCGAGUUCAAAACCCAGGUUGAAGAGGCAGAAACAAUUGUUAAGCUAACUGAGGAGAUGGACUCCACAGAUACUGGACUUCUUGAAGAGGCUGCCAGUCUCAUCAAAGAAUUGAACAAGGCAUUGGAUCGAUAUGAGUUGACAGAACUUCUUUCUGGUCCUUAUGACAGAGAAGGUGCUGUUAUCUCUAUCACAGCUGGUGCUGGAGGUACUGAUGCACAGGUAAUAUUUGUUCUACAUAAAAAGGAUUGGGCUGACAUGCUUCUUAGGAUGUAUGUGAGGUGGGGAGAGAAACAGAGAUACAAAACAAGAGUGGUUGAGAAAUCCUCCGGAGAGGAAGCAGGGAUUAAGUCAGCCACAAUUGAAGUUGAAGGUCGUUAUGCUUAUGGUUAUUUGUCUGGAGAGAAAGGAACACACCGUAUUGUGCGACAAUCUCCUUUUAAUGCCAAAGGUCUUCGCCAGACAAGCUUCUCUGGUGUUGAAGUCAUGCCUCUUCUUCCUGAAGAGUCGAUGAAUGUUGAAAUACCCGAGGAGGACCUGGAAAUCAGUUUUUCUAGGGCAGGUGGAAAAGGAGGUCAGAAUGUAAAUAAGGUUGAAACAGCUGUACGGAUUACUCACAUCCCCACUGGUGUUACUCUUCGAUGCACAGAAGAGAGGUCCCAACUAGCAAACAAGAUCAAGGCUCUGAGCAGGUUGAAAGCCAAGUUGCUAGUCAUAGCUGUGGAGCAACGAGCAUCUGAAAUCAAGGAAAUAAGAGGAGAUGCGGUAAAGGCUGAGUGGGGCCAGCAAAUAAGGAACUACGUAUUUCAUCCAUACAAACUCGUCAAAGAUGUUAGGACAGGAUUUGAGACCUCGGAUAUUGCUUCUGUAAUGGAUGGUGAAUUGGAGCCCUUCAUCAAGGCUUACCUCAAAUACAAAUAUAGUAUGUCAGUCACUUCAAGUGGGGUUAAUUAACAUGUAAUAGAUUUUUAUUCAUUAACAUAUGUAGUCUACUACUUUAUUUGAUAGGUUAAGGGUAGGAGAGAGUAGGAUAGUACUACUACAAUGGCCGAGGAAAUUUUUUUCCCAACAAAAAUUUCAUAAUACUUGGAGGAAACACACACACGUGUAUUUUUGUUUUU